CUAAUACUCUUUACUCUGUACUCUCCUACAGUCAUCUCUACACCACAGAAUAAUGAUGAUGAACCACACCUGGGAGACCCAGGAAGAAUAGACCUGGAGGAGAAGUUGAGAGAAUUGGGAGUGGAUACUCAUUACUGGGUACAGAAAAACCUGACCUCUGCUCAGGCUUUACAACACUCACGACAGAGGGAAAUCUUGACACUGAAAUCCCAGGCCAAACAUCCUUGGGAGAAAUGGGUAUUGGAGACACUUGUUCAUCUUGAGCAGGAAGGCUCAGAGGAGAUGCAAGAGAAACACUGGGUGACAGUGAAGGAGAGACAAGAGUGGGCACAGUCAGCCUUAAAGGACCUUAAGGAGAUGCAGGAAGCAGGCAAAAGCCGUGAGGAGGAGCUUGUGAGGAAGAAAGAAGAGGAGCUGAGGCAGGCCAUGGAGAUCCCACCCAAGUACUGGCCACUUCCUGAGAAACCCCUAAUGGAGGUCAUAGAAAGCAUGAAGAGGCACCUCAGUUACAUGGAGUGCACGCUUUACCAUAGGGAGAAUCUUCCUGACAGGGAGCUCCUCAAACAGGUGUCAGGUGGCCUAGCUCUGCAGGGGAUUUACCAAACCAACCACCCUGAGGAUCUUUUGGAGAAGAGAGAAGAACUGAUCAGCCUCCCAGAGAACUUUUCCCUGUUCAGCUCAGAAGAGGGAACAAGGAUGGAAACAAAGGAGUUUUUGUCUUCUCAUGAAGAGUCCAUGUUUACCCAAAGCAUGGAGAAAUUGGGCUUCAGUGUUAGCUUCUUGGCUAAAGGUGGAGGUUGGGGAUUUACCCUGGAGGGCAGCACCAGUGCCACCAGAUCUUCUGAGUCUAGAGAGGCCCAUAAGUCAAGCUCUGAGCACACUUACAGCUGUACCACCAAAUUCAGCUAUAUCCCAUUAGCCUCCUGCCACUUUGCAAGAGAUCAGCUCCACCUUUCCAAGUCAGCUCUGCAAGAGUUAAAGCAGCUGGAGGAGCUUCUGAGCCUCUCCAGUGGUUCAGAAUCCCUUCAAGUACUGAGGCAGAGAUGUGAGGCAUUUUUCCAAAGGUUUGGCUCUCAUGUGAACCAGGGCCCUUUGCACUUGGGAGGGGUAUUCUGGUGGAAAGCUGUAGCUGAGGGCUUCAGGUCAGAGGAGCUGCAUGAUGUGAAGAGACAAGCUUCAGAGGCACUGGAUGUGUACAUUGGAGGCAGCUACAGUGGUUUUGGAGUGACAACUGCAGUCGCAGUAAAUGCAUCAAACUCUCAGUCCCAAAUGGCUUCUCACAAUACAAGGUCCACUGAUUUGCAAGGAAGAUUCCAAAUGUCUGUAUACCAAACAGGAGGCCCCCCAGAGGUGGAUUCUCUCCCACAGUGGAAAGCUGGUCUUGUGGCCAGUAACCAGACCUGGUGUGUCAUUGACAGAGGCCAUCACCUAGUGCCUGUUUGGGACAUAAUUCUGUCUAACCAUAGACAAGAUUUUCAGGAUCCUCUUCGAGUGAGUCGCUACCUCAAAGACACUUACACAACCCUGACUGGCCGAUGUGCAAGGAUCCAGGAUGGAGAGGAGUUAGUGAGUGCAGUGGAGGAUGCCAGGGCUUUUGUAGAAGAAGUGAGAUCCUGGGAAGUCACUGAGCCUCAGGAGAAGCUGAUGAAAAUGAUGGAUUUCAUGCAAAAGCUGAGUGAGAAAACUAGGAAUAAUAAUACCUGGAUUAAUAUCUGUCUCAAAGACCUGGCUCUGCAGCAGUUCUUGGUGGGCAUUGUCAACCUUUGCAAGGACUUCCCAGUUCAUGAAAUCACAUUCAUUAAAUCUCAGUUACGUGGCCUUCUGUAUCCUCAUGUGUAUCAAGUGAGAGACUUCCCACAGAGUCACUCAAUUAUGCAGUGGGUUUUCCACUCAGCAAAGCAGCAAGAAGAUAUCCCUGUCACAGAGUUUACUGAUUUCAUUCAGCUCUUAGAAAAGGCAAAGAAUGACCUUCUUGAAGUAAAGCACAACUCAGAGUUCUCAGGAGAGGUGGAAGAAACUCAAAGAAAUGUGACUUAUAAGAUCAGUUCCUCUCUCAGCUCCUUUCUGAAGGCCUUGAAACAGGCAGAGGAGUCAGGCACACACCUACUGCUACUUUCCAUUGCAGCUGCUGCAGGGUACAAGGAGGAAAACAAAACCUUCCACUGUCUCCUAGGAUGUGAAGAAUUAAAUUUCUUGUUAUGUAAAAUGAAAGAAGCUCAUGAAACAUACCAGAAACUUAAUAAGGAAUGUGGCUAUAGGGCUCAAGGGUUCCUACUGUUCACAGGGCUGACAGUAAGUCCUGGACCUAGUGCUGUGUCUGCAGAAGAAAAGAAGCAACGUUUGGAGCUUAUGCAAUCUCACAUGGGGCACUUGUGGUGCAAAGAAGUGCUUCAUGUCCUUGGGAAACCCAGGGUGCAGCAUGAUUGGGAAACUCUGGAGAAAGACCUCAAUUUCCUCAUCAGGGGAGAAUAUGAAGCUACAGUGACCUGUAUACAGCUGGAACAGGUGAAAAAAGAGCUGGAAAGUGUCUCUCAGAGAAAGAAGACACAUCAACCAGAACCAAGUCCCACCAAACAGCAUGAAGUGAUAGAAAAUUCCAACUUUCUAGACUUAGCCAAGAGGCUUGGUCUAGAGUGUUACUAUCCCAGGAAGAUGGGCCGAGCAGAUUUCCAUAUGAUUUACAAGGCCUCUGUGCAUGACACUCAGCCAGACACAGACAAGCAAUUGCCCUUUUAUUUCCUACAGAAGCUGCUGAUGCUGGAUUACAGGCUGAGAUACUUGGUUUGUAAAGAUGAUGGAGACUCAGUGGCCACUGGGACAAAUCUGACAAAUCUUGAGGAUGAGAUUUCAGAUCCUUAUUCUGUGUUUGAAUGUGAUGAUAUACCCCCUCUCCUCUUGUCCACAGGCAAGCCCCACAUCCACCCAAUGGACACCCAGAUGAUGAUUUUUCACUGUGCAGAUGAUUUCAUGAGACAAUACAUUUCCAACAAACUUUCCAUUUGUCAAUUUGCUCUCCCCCUUGUGGUGCCCAAUCCCUGUACUUCUGUAAUAGAAUUCCCCCUCUGGUCUCUCAGCCAUGUCAAGAGAAGCUGGAGACAGGUGAAGAAAUCAGAGGGAGAAGACACAGUCCUUAAUUUCAAUAACCAGCUCAUCUCCCAGGCAUCCAUCCCCAUUGUGUCCUUUAUAAGAGUUGUGAAUUCUGCUGCUUCUUCCAAAUCUCAGAUCUUAAACUCUCUGCUGAGUAAGCACAAACAUGAUGCUUUUUUCCACCGUCACUGCAGAGGCAGCAGCAAAUCCUGCCUCCUAAUGGGAGGUGUAGUAGAAAUCUCCUGGUUCUGUCCAGGGGGGAGAGAUGAAGACAGAUUUGAAAGCUGUGUUGCCUUCACUAAUCUCCAUGGAGAUGCCAAAGAUUAUGAGCCACAGCUCAGAUUCCUGCUGGAAAUUGCUGCAGUCACAGUGGUCCUAGUGUCUGCUUCUGAUAAAAGUGAGAGGACCACCAAAAUAGUUCGGGACCUGUGGAAAUCACCAAAACCUUUGGUCUGUUUAUUUGAUGACAAAGAAAAGACUGUGGGCAAUGAUUCUGGCCAGAAAGUGAGGAUUGGGAUCAGGAAUAGAAAUGAGGCUGAAUUAAUGGAUGAACUUGCAAGUGUCAUCAAGCGCUUGCUCCAGUCUUCAGGUCCCUUUCGUAGUCUAGAGGACUGUGCUGAAGUUGCUCGCCAGCAUGGCUUUCUUGUAGAUGUAGACAGGAAGGAGUGUCAGGAAGCCAAGGGAAAAGCACAGGCUUUGGUGGAUCUCAUGAAAGGAAUGAAAUUGUCUGAAAUGAAGGAGAAAUUACUGCCCCUUCAAGGAGAGCUUUGGCACCAGUGGUGUAAGAAGGAUAAGGAGCUUUGUCACUUGAGAGAAAAGGGCAACCGAAGCCUUGAACAGCACAAAAGUAAGAUUGAGACAGAAAAACAAAUAAUAAGACAAAAACAACUUAAGAUGGCAUUUCCCCUCAAUGACUUGAUGAGAUCUGUGCUUCAAAUCCUCCUGUCUCACUCAGAGAAAGACAAGAGCAGUGAUCUGUACUUCCUGCAGUGGUUGAGUAAGUUUAUGGACAACCUGACCAGAGGUCACCUGGAGAAACUCCAGAAGAGGUACAGCCAAUUGUGGUCCCUGGUGCUGGCAGAAAACCAAAAGGGAUCAAAGAGUGACUCCUUGAAAUCCCACCAAAUGGAACUAGAAGCUGUCUCCAAGGAGAUCAAGGAUUCCUCCUUGGGUAUUGAACAUCUCCUGAGAGAGGUUGGCCAAAUCUAUGAAGCACUGGAAGAAUUUUUCUCCCAAGGGGACUCUGUGUUCUUCUCCCUUCCUCAAAUUGCUGCUGACCUGAUGCUUUCUGGGUACCCUCUUGAGCUGAUGGAUGGGGAUGCUUCCUAUGUACCUCUGAAGUGGGUAGCAGCUGUUUUUGACAGAUUAAUUGAGAAAAUUGGAGACAAGAAGCUCUUUGUUCUCUCUGUCCUUGGCCUCCAAAGCACAGGGAAGUCCACUCUGCUGAAUGCUAUGUUUGGCCUCCAGUUUAAUGUGAGUGCAGGGAGAUGCACAAGAGGAGCUUACAUGCAGUUGCUGAAGGUGGAGGAGAAGCUGAGGGAAGAGCUGGGCUUUGGCUUUGUCCUUGUGGUUGACACAGAAGGGCUCCGGGCCCCAGAACUCAGCAGUAAAUCACAGAAUAGGGACAAUGAGCUGGCAACCUUUGCUAUUGGACUUGCAAACCUGACCUUGAUCAACAUAUUUGGAGAGAAUCCUUCAGAAAUGCAAGACAUCUUGCAAAUUGCUGUCCAGGCCUUUCUGAGAAUGAAACAAGUGAACAUUUCCCCAAGCUGUCUCUUUGUGCAUCAGAAUGUAGGGGAAAUCACUGCCAAAGAUCAAAAUGUGGAAGGAAGAAGGCGACUGCAGCAGAGACUGGAUGAAAUGGCAGCCAUGGCUGCAGAACAGGAACAAUGCUCAGGUAUCACCUGCUUCAGUGAUGUCAUUCGUUUUGAUGUAAACACCCAUGUCCAUUACUUUGCUCAUCUAUGGGAAGGGGAUCCUCCAAUGGCCCCUCCCAAUCCCAGUUAUAGCCACAACAUCCAGGAACUAAAAAGAGGAAUUCUCUUGGCUGCCAAAAAAGAAUCCAAGGGCAGGAUCCUGAAGAUGUCUGAGGUGAAAAUCCUCAUCCAGGACUUGUGGAAAGCCUUGUUGAAUGAAAACUUCAUCUUCAGCUUUAGGAAUACCAGGGAGAUCAUGGCCAUGAUCAAGCUAGAGACAAUGUAUAACAACUGGACCUGGAAUCUAAGAAGUCAUGUGUUGGGUUUGCAGAACCAACUGACCAAUCAGAUUCAGAAUGGAGAAAUUCAGGAUCUCCCAAGAAGUUCUAUUGAGGCUAACAUUGCAGAAAAGUAUGAAGCCAUCAGGCAAGAGCUUCAAAGAUAUUUUGAUGAAGAGGAAGACAAUGAAAUCCUGAUCCAGUGGAAGGGAAACUUUGAGAACAAACUGAGAAACCUUAAGGAGGCACUUGUUUCAUAUAGUAUUAGAAAGUCCAAUGAUUUCCUUAGUUUAAAGAAAAGUCAAGAUAAACUAGAUCAAAAGAAAUCAGAAUAUGAAAAAGAGCUGUUGUUGAGAAGCAGAGCUGUUGCUCUGUCAUUAAUGGGUGAAGAAUUAAGUGAUGAGCAGCUGAGAGAGAGAUUCAGUGGACUCUGGACAAAGUGUGUCAAUCAAGUGUCCUCAAAUUGCCCUCCUGUGGAAGACCCUGAUUUUCUUGUAGAUUUGGAGAAUAUAUUUCUGGAACAUUUUAAAAAAGAGCGCAAUGUGGUAAGCAAACUUCGAGAUCCUUCCAGAAGGACAAGGUUUUCCAUUAAUUAUGAUAAACAUGUCUCAAGGAAGUGGACACAUGGAUUUUUCCGUUCCCCCAUAAGAGAGGGUGAUAAAAAGACCAUAAUUCAAACUACUGAAUACAUUAAAUCACUGGUCACUGAAACUAUUGAGUCUAAGUUGAGAAUGGGAACAGAUUAUAACAUGUGUUAUUUCCAUGAAAUACUGCAUUUGAUAGACAAGAACACUGAUUCUGCAUCUGAGGAAGUACAGUACACAUUUACGAGUAGAUAUAAGAUAGAUUUGUCCUUAUAUUUAUGCCAUGGAGCAAUAGCUAAAUUUAGGGAUAUUCACACAGCAUUCAAAAGAGCACAUAACCCUGUCACGUACCUAGAAAGCAAGAAAGAGGAUAUCUUUAUGAGUUUUAAGAUUUCCUGUCAAGGUGCAACUUCUAUCACAGCAUUUGCUGACUUCCUGUGGAGCAAGCUUAGUGCUUCUCUACCUUCAGCCAUCUGGAAAAAGAUAGCCCUUGACCUAGCUGGGGACAUCAGGGCUAACUGUCCUGCCUUCAAUGGAAACCGAUCCAACCUGGAGAAACACAUUCUCAUCUCUCUGGCUGAGGAAGAAAACUUUGACAAUUACUGGACAUACAUUCACAAACCAAAACAGUUUUUUGAGAAUUACAUUGAGAAAGAGAUCCAAGCAUACUGUAAAAGUAGCGGAAGUGAGAGAUCAAAGAAGUUUUUAAGUGAUAGUUUGGAAUUUUUUAAGAAAGUCAUCCUCUCUGUUAUUCAGGAGUCGACUCUGGUAGCUAAGGAGCAAAACAAUUCUGUGUCUGUGUGGCUAGAUACAUUGUGUAAUCACCUUGGGCAUCAUUUGACCCUUCCAAGAGGAGACUUAAGAAGCACUGAACACCAGGAGAUAACUGACAUCGAAUUCCUUAAGGAAGCCAUGAAUAAACAGCUGGAUACCAAAAUCCAAAAGGUAGGAGAGGCCUGUGAAGUGAAGUUCUUGGAGGAAGUUGUACCUGAGAUUCAGGCCAUGCUCUCAGAACAGCUCAGUGGCUGCUGGAAACAAUGUCCUUUUUGCAAAGCAAUUUGUACAAAUACAGCCACAAAUCAUAGUGAGAAGCACAGUGUCCCUUUUCAUCGUUCUGCUGCUGUCACUGGCAGAAGGUGGCACCAUACUGAUGAGUUUUCCACUGGCUUCUGUACCAGCUAUGUGGCAAGUGAUGUCCGCUUUUUUGUUCAUCAUGAUGAUAAAACGUCUGUCCCGUAUAAGACUUAUUAUCAGGCAGGUGGUGAAUAUGCAACAUGGAGCAUUACUCCAGACACAUCUGCCCAGCCAUACUGGAAAUGGUUUGUGUAUCGAUUCAAAAAACAAUUAGAAGAGCAUUACGAUGGCAGAUUCAAGGGCAGAGGUCAGAUUCCUGAUGCAUGGUUCAAAAUCAGCAAGCAGGAUGUACUGAAUGACCUGAAUAAAUAAUACUUCUCUGUGACACCAAGGAGCCUUUAUGUAGAACAUUUUGAGAACUUGUUCUCUCAGAAAUGAGUUUUCAAAAUGUAAAUGUCAGAGGCAUAGCUCUACCAGACAUACAUUAUAAUGUAUUAAUCAUCAGAACUCUAUAUCACUGGUUAAAAAAAUAAAAUGGAAUUUAGUGGGACCGACUAGACAAUGGAGAACCAGAAACACUUGUUCUUAGUCUCAUAGUUCUCAAUAAGCAUGAAUGUAAAGUAUUUAUGUAAGAACCCCUGUUUUCAAGAAUUAUUGGAAAAUCUCAAAAGGAUUUUUACAGAAUGUAGGUAUAGAGUACCAGGUAAUAGCAAAUACCACUGUAAAUAAAAGUGCAUAUGUCACUUCAAUGAUAAAAAGUCAUAGUGUUAAAAAAUUAGAAAAGAAAUAGAAAUGGUACCUUUCUUAUCAAUGAUCAGGGGUAUAAUUCUUAAAUAAACAAGAGAGAUAGAUAGUUGUAACAUGUAGAUGACAUGAAAUUGAAAAUAUUUUACACAAGAAAAAUUAGUAUACCUAAUAUAAGAAGAGGAGAGGUCAAAUGGGCAGAAAAAUGCAUCAAGUAUCUCUGACACAGGAAAUUAAUAAAUACAUAAUCAAAAAAGGUCCAUUUUCUAAUAGUUAAGUGUUGAACAGAUAUAAAUAAAUAGUGUUCAAAAGAACAAUUGGAAACUGUUAGCAACCAUAAGAAAAAAAGCCUCAAAACAAAUACUAAGAGAAAUCAAAAUCAAAAUAAGCCAGAGUUUUUAUAUCAUACCUAGCCAGCUGACAAAGAUAACAAAAAAUAGGAACAAUCAAAAUUUAAUUUUUAGGGGGUGGUAUUAUGGAAAGGCAGAAACAGUAAAGUAACCAGAUUAAAAUGUAAUUGGGAAAUAUGAAAAUGCAAUAAAACACAGGUAAUGUUAAUAUGUGGGUUUCUAAGUCAAUAUGCAUCCACACAGAUCUGUAUUUAUGAUUUAUUGGUCUCUCUUUUUGAGUUUAACACAUUGCACUAAAUCAUCAGUGGUGGGACUGUGCACACAACCAUUCUGGAAAACAUUUUUAAGUUAUGCAAAUGAAGUGGCUAAAAUGUCAAUGCCCCUUGAUCUAGUGGUUCUAUUAAGACACAUAAUCUCCUUUGUGGGUUCUGCCUCUCCAGGAAUUGUCCUGUGGCAUUAUUUGGAAGUUUUUUUGGAGUGAUCGUGUUAGUAAGUUCCGAGAGCUUACUGUCUUUCCCCCACCAUCUUGGCUUCUCCCUGGAAAUUAUCAAGACACAUAAUCCCUAAGGAAGUAAUAAAGAAAAAAGAAAGGUUUCUUACACAAAAUUAGUUGUAACACCACUUUUUAUGGAAGCAAAGAACUGGGAACAAAGUAGAAUCUAUCAAUAGGGAAAUGGCUGAACAAAAUGUAUUAUAUGAAUAUAAUGAUGGAUUAUUGUGAAAUGUUAAUUAUUGAUCAAUCUUUUAUUUUAAUCACAUUCUUUAAUUAUAUAUAUAAUUUAGUUCUUAUAAAUAAUAAUAGAUUAAGAAGUGUAUAUGAUAUUCUGUGUCAGCUGCUAGGGCAUUGGUUCCAGCUAGCUCCACUGUUAACCAAAAUCCUUACUUCUAUUAAAAACCUUUGUCCAUUUAAGUUUCUUAUUUAUUAAGAGACUUGCUGUAGAUUAUGGUCACAGUUUCUCCGUGAUCAAAUAUGUCACAUGAAAGUGGAAAACACCCUGAUUAUUGCUCAUCUGUCAAAGAUCCCCAUUCUCAUGAAAAUUCCUUCUUCUUGUCAAGGAUAAUUAGAAGAGAUCAGCUUCCAUGAUGGCAAUGGAAAGUCCUGAAAUACUCAACCAAUCAGAAAAUGUAAACCCUCAUGAGAAUGAAUAUCAUGUUUCUCAGUUUAGGAUUAAUGUUCUUCAUCCAUUAUGUUCCCUAUUCUGAUGUUUCUCACUUAUGUCUAUAAAAGUGCUCUGUAAACUCAGUUCAGGGUCCUUGUACCAGCUGAGGUGGUUUUGGACUCAUUUCAUUGGCAAACUAGU